AUGGAUAUUCCACGGCUGAUUAAUACCCUAGGUUGGAAAGAUAUUCUUCCGAAUAGGAAUUUUGGCUUUCGACCUGAAGCUGUCAGGAUGUUUUAUGCCAACAUGAAGCCAUGUUUCCAGAUUUCUCCACCGUGCUUUACUACGAUAGUUUACAACUAUCUAAUUACCAUUAAUGUGGAGCUGCUAUCACUUCUCCUUGGGAUUCCUGUUGCUGGGGCAGAAGUUCAAAACGAAUCUGACUUUUCCUCUGUCGGGUUCAAUGAAGGGGAUGCGCUGCGCUUGUAUGCUCGUGAUACUGGCCGCUAUUACCCUUCUGAUUUUCACUCUGGGAGGCUCCCUGAUGAUCUCAAGGUGCUCCACUAUUACAUCACGCGAGCCUUUUUACCUCGUUCCCAUGGCUUGAACACUCUUUAUCCCUCGGAUCUGUGGAUCCUUGCAAGUGCAAAAGAAAAUCGAGUCAUCAGCUAUCCCCACCUCAUGUUUGAUCACAUGAUGAACUAUCAUGAUGCCUAUUAUGACGCAGAACUUCCGUUUGCGCCUCAGAUAACGCAGAUUCUCUUGGCUCUAGGCCUGGAUUUGCGUUUCAAGGUCGCUAGAGUUGAUAUUCUGAGUUCUCUGCGGGCUCAGUUUGUACUCCGGAAAGUGGAUGCAUCUGUUGGGCGUCGUCGUCCAUUAGUCAAUGCUCCAGGGGGAGAAGCAGCUACCAAUGCAGUUCCUCCUCACGAGGAUGGACUCAGUCUCGCUGACCUAGGGGAAGAAGAGGCAGAGGAAGCACCACCUGAACAAGUCAACUGUGCGAGGGUAAGGGAUAAUGGCAAACAACCAUUAGUGCAUCCCUUGGAGGUAAUUCAAGCUAUGUUUCGUCUGGAAGGGGAAGCAAGUUGCAGCAGAGAUCAGAUGCAGGAAGAUGAGGAAGGCAUAUCUGAUUAUGUCUCUUCACCUGAAUAUGGGUUUUAG